AUGUUCCUCUUUCUCUACCCGCCUAUUUUGUCGCAUCGCUCAUCCGCUAUCUUUGAUCAUCCACCUCCUCUGCCUUCUCUUCCCUUCCUCGCCGUACACCCUCCCACUCCACUGUCCUCCAUCCGCCUUCAUCCUCUGUUCUCAACUCUUUUCCUCUUCCAUCAGUCUUAAGCCUCUUACACCCUCCCCCAUUCUCUUCCGCCAUCCUUCCAUCAGCCACCUCUUGCACCACCCCCCAAUCCUCCUCCACCUACAUUCAUCUGCCAUCCUCCUGUGCCACACGUGGCCAUGAGUGAGGGCGGCACGUGUGGUGGGGGAUGCUGUGAUUAGAGAGCUGGAGAGAGCUGGAGGGGCAUUCAUAUUCUGCGGUCUCAGCACCCAGCACUGUGGCACGGCCCUUGACCCUGGCCCGGAUCCCCGUGUCCGUAGGGGGGGUGCCUUUGUUAUGGUGAUGAGACUCGGUCGUUUUGCGUAACCGGUAACCGCAUGAAUAAACUUUAAAAUCGGUUCACCACAAGCAUAGACACUACUAGAGUAACAAACACUUUACCUUGUUAUUUGACAUGUCGAUGACUGGCAGUCCGUGUGUGGCGGGGUAUAGGGUGAGGAUGCUCCCACCGUUUCCAAGACGCCGGGGACCGCGUGGAAGAGUUGGCCAAACACUACUCCAGGGCGUCCUCUCGCGGAGGCCCCUUCCGCCAGCAGCGGCGUAAACGAGACAUUGCAGGGCUGCGCCUCUACAUCUUAACUGAGAAACGAGGGCAAACGUACCGCGCUGCCACUAAGGCUGCCGUUAGGUUUGUACAUCGGCGCAUGCCAAUCGGUGCUUUCGUUACUAAAUCUCCACUGGAAUCGUUUAGCUGACUCUGGAACCCGGUUAAUUGAGUUUUAACCCAGAAGAGAGAUUUGGACCUGGGCUGGUUCUGCUGGAAUCCGCUUCUGCGUGGAAUUAUACUGCAGGCCGAGGUUCCCCUAUGGAUAGCCUGGCUCCUGCCAUGGAAGUGUGCCAGUUUCACCACUCGGGGCUGCCAACACAGAUAAUACAAUGCUAUAAUUUGUUGCUGUCAUUAUAUUGGACCAAAGGCAGUGGUGGAAAUUACACAUUCCAAUGAAGGGUUCAGUUUUUUCCAGAGGACAACCGCUUGGUGUAGUAAUUUACUUUAUACAGGAGAGCCACUCGUGUUCAGAGGUGCCUGCGUUGGCUUUUUAUUUUAGUAUGUUUUGAGCCAAUUAAAGAUGACGGUGUUUAUUAUGCAAGUUGGAGGAAACAGGAUCACCCGGAUAAAACCCACACAACAAUCUGUCUCCGUAUCGAUCGAGACAGAUGGCAGUCCACUUGCUGUGCUGCAUUCUCCUGGCAAGUCAGGUAUUGGCACCUCCUGCAGUGCGGUGAUCCACCAACCCUUGCUGCCUCAACAGCGCUGGAUAAUAGGCCACGUGCAUAGCCACUACCGAAUUGGCUAAAUAUUGGCAUGAAUGUAUCAACCCUUGAGGGAUGAUGAGCCGCGUAGAGCUGCAGCCGAUACUGGUGCCUUUACCCAGGAAUGGCACAAAGUGUCUCGUGACUCAUUUCACGAGGGCCCUGCGUUAAAAUGUUUGACGAGUCAAUUUGUUGGCCGGUCAGUGGUAACGGUAACGUCGGAGUGGCAAUGCGACAGCUUCUCCCAUCAUAUUGAACGCUGAUCUUCCUAUCCGUAGUGAAACCACGAAUAACGGCUGGCUAAGGAGGCAUCGGAGAAAGCUAGUUUUCUUUUCCGUGCCAAUGACUUUAUUAACUCAGAACGAUCAUCACUACUGGCUAAUUUACAAGGCGUCAGUUCAGCCCAAGUUGGAAUCCUGCUGCUGCUGCUGUCCACAUCGGGGGUGAGCACCUAGUUCCUACCUUGCUGCUGCACCCGAUAGAAAUCACAGUGGAGUGGCAGUCGGGGUGGAUCAAUGAUCGAGCGUUCGUUGAUUCUCUCCGGUUCGCUCGCUCACCAGCGGCCAGUCACCUCCUAAUCACUCAUCUACCGCUACUGCCAUGGUUACCAUUCCUGUGAACUCCACUCAUUGAUUCCUGCUCCACCUAUGUUGAGGACUCUGUACCAGACGUGACUCUUUCGUCUCUUAUCCACGCUGUUCAACCACCACACUGCAGGUCACAACAACACACAAAGACAAAGAUCCCCUGAAUAGCCUACACAGACUAUUGGGGCAAGUGCUGUUAGGGAGCACCUAUGAAGGCUGGCGCGGCACACGAGGGGGUGGGUGGUCAGCACCAAACCCGGCUGCCUUUGUCUCCCCAAGUGGCAAUGUUUACGCAUGGCACAAGGUACUCAUUUGAGGACUAGCUCAGAUAAUCGUCACAGGUGUUGUCCAUGGACGGGGAAUUGAACUCGAGUGGCCGGGUUCAUAGUGUAGCACGCUAACCACUGCCACCGCUUCCUACAACAAUAGACUCACCCACUCAGUCAAACACUCACCCACCCAGACACUCAUUCACUCACGAAGUAACUCACUCAGUCAUCCACUCACACAUUCACUCACUCACUAAACUACUUACACAAGCAUCCACUUAUCCACUCACUAACCCACUCACUGACCCACUCACCCUCUCACCCACACACCACACUGCACCUCACUUCUCUUUCCGCCUCUAUCCGCACACUGCCCCACUUUAGAAUUCCCUCAUCCCGUCAUCUUGGCCUCGGUCGUUGACUCUCAACUCUAAAUCUCCUCGCAGUGCCUUAGUCUGGCUCUACGACCCUAGGGCAUUACUACAGAACUCUAAGAACAGGAGGCAUCUCUAAUCCCCUUCAAUGAAGCGCUCAUUAAAACGUAUUUGGCCAAACAUCAGAGUGAAAAACCAUCCCAAGGCAGAGUCUUGAGGAUCCAGAGAGACUUUCCUGGAUAAAGUAAUAUGACACUUUAAUGGAUUAUUAUGAUGAUCAAAAUAAAUAACGCCUUCUUCCACGAUUUGUCUCUUCACAGAAAAAUAACUAAAGUAUUUUUUUACACAUCCCAUCAGCGGCACGUGCUGCUGGGACUCAUCAGCAGUGUUGAGUUUACUGCACAGCGUUGAUAGGUCGAGGUCAGGGGUCGGCAACCAAAAUAUAACAAGAAGAGGCAUUUUUAUAGAUUUCGGUAAAAAAACCCCUCAAUUUUCAAGAGCUGCAAUGCAAUGUGAAUACGAGACGGCCCUCAAUAAAUAACGUCACGAAGCAGUCAUUGAAGAGCUCAGGUUGCCGACCUCUGGUCUCGGCAGACUGAGAAACGUGCCCGGGUUGGGUCGACACUGUGGAGAAGGCAACCCAAAGGUGUACAUCAACACAAAACUCCAUUGACUUGUGGAAUGCAAGACAUUACAUGAGGAACGUUUCUCCCGUUAUUUAAUAAUAGGAAUUAUCAAUGCCAGUUAUAUAACCAGAAGGACUUUGCCGAGUCUCAGGACCAUUUUCCAGGAGUAUCAUGCAUUGGGGUGUUUGGCCACUCCCGAUGAUGACUGUUUGGCUUCUUGUGGGAGGAACUUGGCACAUGAGGUAAUGACACUCGCCGUCUUGCGUAGGGGUGGCUGCCGUUCACAAAACGGGGAGUUGAUAACGUUCCAUUCCUAGGCAUGUUGGGGAUGCAUUGAUCCAUCGGUGAGUAUCGCGUUAUGCAACCUGCAAUACAUUCCCUGAAUUACACACUUAAGAAUCAUAACAAGUCCUCAACUUAUGAAAGCCCAACUUACGAACAUUUCCACUUACGAACCAGCUGCCUUGAGAUAGGAGGUCGCGAGUUCAAAUCCCUGUUGAUGUUUUGUUGCCUGUUUGGAGUUGACUCAUCCCAUCAUCAUCCCUCCUACCAGGGUCGAUAAAAUAUAUACUACUUUAUGGGGAAGAUCAACAGUGGUUGUACUAUGGAUAGACCGUCCUCCCGCCAUAGUAAUGCAGAGUUUCCACCAUUGGCUGCGGGCUGCAAAUGGGAGGUGAACACCAACAGGCUAUCACUUUGAGGAGAGCAGAUGUAAAAUCACUGGAGGCUCAAUCACAAACGGAUCGAACGAGGUAGUCAACGUUGAACGUGCGUACGCACACACGCAUACCGGGUAUGCACGUGGCGGGAGUACGUUUGGUAUUCGUGCCGUUUUUCAUCGUGAGAGGCUGUCAUCGUGAAGGUGCUGCUGUGUUUCACAGUCUGCAGUCGUUUCAGAGUCCGGGGCCAUGUUGCUGUGUGUGUUUGAUUCCAAUUGGGUGAUUCUGCAGUGUCAUUUUUAUCAUUUGGCAAAUUGGAACCCCGAUGCUGGCACACAAUGGCCUCCUGACUUCGAAUGACGUCACGGGAUCUUUAACUUCAGCUGUGAGCGGACAGCGCGUCGUAUUUUAGGGUUGAUACACUCGCCAGUAGUAACCAGGGCGGCCUGCUGGAUUAGUACAGUGAGCCUUUCAUGCGGUGAAUUUGCUACAGAUGGGCCGUGUUGCUGCUCAAAAAGAAUCUACUCAGGGAUUCUCACAACGAGCCCAGCUGCUGACCCAUCACACGCCACAAUGGUGUACAUGAGUGUCUGGUUAUUCCCAAACACGAAGCCUUAGUGGACAUUUUAUUAAAAUAUUCUACUGAAAUAAACAUCGGAAGGUAUCCAAUUCCAUUAACAGCCUUGUGCCAUCGUUGGGAACUUCACAUUGCUAUGGCAGUGGCAAGUCUAUCCAUUUGAUGACUGCUUCUCGCAGAGUGCUACUCAUUUUAUUGUCCCCAAAGAGCUGACGAUUGGGGCCUAGUUGACCCCCGGCAGGCUGGGAUUUGAAUUCACAACCAAACAUUGGGCAAGCGUCUCCCUCUAACCGUGGCCCCACCACCCAGGUGCAGAGUUGCAGGGGCAGGUGGCCAUUUGUCGUGCUUUCUGUCCCCCAAUUCAUGCCAAGCGCAAUCGCUCCAUGGCCGGGGAAUGGAGCAGUCCCAGCCUCGUGGGGUAUUGAAACACGUCCUUGCCCAAGUUUGCAUUUAAUGUUGAGAAAUGGGCAGGGAUGUAUAUACUUAUACAGUUUGUACUUGUAUACGUUAUUUUUAUUUAUUACUUGACGAGUUUACCUUUUCUCUAAUUUGCGCUCCUGUCGUGUUUUCAUUUUGUUUGUUGUUGUAACUCGCAGACCUGCACUGACUGGACAUCUAUGAAAAGUAGACGUUUUGUUGCCUCACGAAUGCAAAGGAACAGAGCGGUGUGGCGUGGAAUGGUGGCGCAGCGGUUAGCGCACAGCGAUACGAACCUGGCGAUGGAAGCGGACGACGGGGAGGGCGCCGCGGCGGCCACGCGGCCGGGCGGAGACGGACCGGCUGACAAAACCGAGGAAAGCUCCCGGGGAGAGGAGCGCGAAGCCACCGCAACCGAGGCGCCGGAGGCAAGCGCGAAGAGCCCUGGUCACCUUGAGGCGCGGACGCGGACGGAGGGGACGAGGGAGACUGCAGCCAAGCGGAAGGCCACGGUGGACAAGGGCAUCCAGACGGAUGGGCGGCAGCGGCACUGCUGCGGUGCAGCCGUGGAGUCCCCGGACCCCGCGCUGCUGCAGCCGCAGCAGAACACAGCCAAGUCUGGCAUCCAGCAAAUCAUCGAGUGCUUCUGCACAGGCACGACGCAGCUGAAGCACCUGCUACUAAGGGAGGUGGACACCAUCUUUGAGUGCCGCGCCUGCCGCAGCCUCUUCCGCGGCCUCCCAAACCUCGUCCUGCACAAGGAGGCCUACUGCUGCAGCUGGGAGCGCCUGCCCGAGCCGUCGACCUCCGGUAAGGCGGACCGGCAGAGCCAGGCCGUCAAGGAGCUCCUGGAGGCCAUCUACCCACGUGCCGACCGGCAGGAGUACGUCAUCGAGCUGGAGCCCAUCUCCUCCAACUCCAAUGCGGUCUUCCAGAGCGCGCUGCCGCUUGGCGAGGCGCCGCCGGGCCCCGCCGCCGUGGAGCCGGAGUUUGACGAGGCAGCGCCGCCGGCCGAUGGCGAUGCCGGCGACGCUGGGCCCUCGUCGCCGGAGACCGACGCGGCUUCGGGCGGCCCGCCGCGGCCACCUCCGCCGCCCCUCCCGGACAUCGCGUCGUCCGUCAACCGCACGUGCCGCAUCUGCGGGAAGGUGUUCGCGUCGCGCAAGAGCACGCGCCGCCACAUCAAGGUCAUCCACCGCAAGCCGCCCGAAGAGGCCGGCGCGGCGGCGGAGUCGCCGGCCUCGCCGGCGCCGGCCUCGCCUUCGCCCCCAGCCUCGGAGGCGCCGGGGCCCCCGGCCUUCGCGGGGAAGUCGUGCCCCCUGUGCUGCAAAUCGUUCGCCACCAAGGCCAACACGCGCCGCCACUUUGACGAGGUCCACCUGGGCGUGCGCCGUGACACCGGCGCCAUCGCCACCACGGCCUCCGCCGUCCCGGGCUCCGUGUCGGCGCUUGGCUCCGCGGAGGAGGAGGACGACGACGACGACUCCGACGGCAGCGACGUCGACCUCUCUCUCUCCGGACGCCGAUCCGGCGAGCCGGAGGCCUCUGGCGCCGCCAGGCCGCCGGCGUUCCCCGCGGGGUGGGGCGACCGCCCGGGCGCCGCCGCGGACGCUGGGCCGGGCCGGGGCGCGACCUGCGCGAGAGCGGCCGCCGAGCGGUCGGGCGUGGCGCCGGCGCUGGGCGUGUCGGACGCGACGGUCGGCUCUCUGGAGCCCGUCGUCAACCUAUCCUGCGUCGUCUCCUCCCGGCGCCCGUGCUCGGCCAAGCGAGCGAGGGAGUCCGCGGACGACGCUGGGCCGGACCGGGACCUCCCACCUCCGCCGCCGGCCGACAGCGCCGGCACCGUCGAGUUCCCCGAAGCGGCGUGCGACGUCGCGGCGGCAGAAACGCCGCAGCCCGAGCCGAGCGUCAAGCGGGUCUCCCGGCGCAAGUCCAGCACGCCCAUGAGCCGCAGCGCCAUGGAACUGCUGACGCUGCUGCAAAUGGCGCCGCGUAGCCCCGCGUCCUCCUGCGACCCGGCCGACCCGUCGCUCCGCGAGCCCGGGGAGGUCGUGCGCGGUGGCGCGGAAGAGGAGCGGCGGCAGCGGCCGCCGUUCCGCACGUCCACGGUGGAGACGCGUGCCAAGCGCCACUCGGUCGGCGCCGACGGCUACGGCUACGGCUACGGCUACGACGGCGUCGGGCGCUCGGGCCCGGCCGCCGACUGGGACAUGGAGACCAAGAUGUGCCUGCGCUGCCACCGGCAGUACACGACGGCCCAGACGCUCAAGCGCCACAUGCUGCUCAUCCACCGGCGUGACAUUGGCCGCGUGGAGGGCGACAGCGACUCGUCGUCCGGCGGCGACGGUGCCGGCAGCCGGCGCCGGCAGCGGCGGCGGAGAGACCGCACGCGCAGGAGUCGGCAGCGGGCGCCGCACCGCACUCACGUCGAAGCAGAGAAGGAGUCAGCGCCAGCGGGAGCCCCGCGCGUCGCUGGCCCCGCCUCGUCCUCCUCCGCGUCGUCCGUCGACGAUUCCGACGGCGGUGGCGGCGGCGAGCGGUGCGACGCGUGCGCUCAGAAGUUCGCCACCAAGGCCGGGCUCAAGCGGCACGCGUGCAGCGCACACGGGCGUCACGACGACGGGCUGGGCCGCAGCCAGCAGCUGCUGGCGCUGGCGGCGAGGACGGCGCGCGCCGCGCAGGGUCGGCGGCUCCGGCUGUCGCUGGGCUUCGACAUGAAGCGGCUGUAUUGCAAGCUGUGCAAGCGCUGCUUCACCAACCGCGCCAACAUGCUCCGCCACAUCGAGCUGCACUCGGACCGCGACGAGGGCGGCGGCAUUUACGUCAAGUUCUACCGCUGCCCGCUGUGCCCCUACGAGACGCGACGCAAGCGCGACGUGGUGCGCCACAUCACCAUGGUGCACAAGAAGCGCUCGCGCGACCUCGCCAAGAUCGUGGGCGGCCUCGAGAGCCGUGCCGUCAAGAAGCCGAUAGACGCGUUCUUGAGCCGCGGCCGAGCCAAGGGUCCGGACGAGCGGGUGGGCGACCCGGCGGCCGACCCCGCCGGCGCUGCCGCGAUCGGGGCACCGUCGUCACCGCCGCCGGCACCGGCGCCCGCAAAGUUGCCGCCGUGCCGGGCCAAGUCUCCGACGAUGGCGAACGGGAGGGCGGAGGCGGCCGACGUGGCCUCUGCGGCGAGGUCGGCGCCGGCGCGGUACGAGUGCCCCGUGUGCCGCAAGGCGUUCGCCAAGAAGACGUGCCUCGCCCUGCAUCGCCGGACCCACCGGCACGCCGCCAGAGCCGUCGGCGCCGGGCUCGCGGCUCAAAGGGUGGCGGCGGCGGAGGAGGAGAAAGCCGCGACCAAGUCUCUGGUCCGACACACGCGCUCCAAGGCCUUGCAGCCAGGUCACUCAAGAUGAGACGGCCACGAGAAGUUCUGGAGAAGUCCUCUUCACCCAACGCGGCAGAAACCACCACCACCUCCGUAAACCAAAUUCUCUCGGUGGCAGAGCAAGCGGCUCGCAAUAGGGAGGUUGCGAGGUCACAUUCUGGUUGCGAGGUCACAUCCUGGUUGGCGGGGUUUACUCAAACCACCAUCAUCCCUCCCUCCAGCGUCAAUAAAUUAAACACCACUUUUGCAUGGGGAAAUCAACAGUGGUUGUCCUAUGGAGAGAAUCAUCCCCACCAAAGGAAUGUGGAAUUUCCACCACUGGCUCCGCAGGGCUGUAAACGGGAGAUGAGCCACCAAAGGCCCAAUGCUCGUUUUGGCUGAAAUUAACUUUUUGGAGACAACAGCAAACAUCCAACCGCGCGUAGCGGCCACCGUCUCUGCUUUCGUCUUUAUUUAUGAUGCGUCCCCACUUACCCUGUAAGCUUUUGGGUGUCAGUAUUCAAAGAGAUUUCGUCCCUAACUAUGUGGACCUGCUAGGAGUUAAUUGAAACUGGAUUACACGCUGAACCUCAAACUUUAAUUUAGCAGUUUUUUUUUAUUCCAACUGUAUCGCUCGGAAUCUGGGUCGGGUUUUCCGGGUCAGGCUGUGGACGGGCACUUAUGUUUCUCUGGCCGUCGCCACAAACUCCCACGGUGUCUUCCGGGAGUGGAAUCGGCACUGUCCUUGAGAGAUUUCUCAACGCGCAGAGGCUGAGCCCAGAAUCCACGUGUGUGUCACACAUCGGUGCUCUGUGUAUGGUACGCGUGGAGUUCCAGCUUAGCUGCUCUGUGAACAAAGUGUGCACGUUGCGUUCAUCAUAAAACACGGUCGAGGCGAGGUAGUAGCUCGCGUCGAUUGGAUGUUGUUACGCACGCCGGUUUUUACUGUGGGUGGUUCUCGUGUUGAGGUUCGUGCGAGUACUUAGGCCCAGUGCUCUCUUCAACUUGAUUUCACUUGUCACAGUGAUCAUUAGAAUUUGGAAUCAGGACUUUGAAUCUGGACUUAGCAAUUAAUUUUUGUAUUAAUAUAUUCACAAAAAGGCCCACUUAUAUUUUAACAAUUCUAGCAUCAGUCCUUGUGAGUUUUUUUAUUUGUUUGGUCAUAAAAUGACAUUUAAAAAGUUAUACUCUACGUUUAGGAACCAGAUCCUUACUGUGAAGCCACUGUACUGGAGGCACACACAGUCACGUGGCCGUGGGAGCUGGGACUGGAGCACCGGAUUCCUCGCAACAACAACGCCACAAGUGCUUCACAUCGUACUCACUCAGUCUCAUCCUUAACAACACCCACUGUCACCCUAACGUCACUACAACACUGCCACUUGUGCCAGGCUAGGUGCACCUUGAGGCGACGUGAAGUGUGGAAAGGCUCGCUGCUGCCAGGAGGUCACGGGAAAGACCCAAGGGCAGUGGGUUGACUUUCUGAGAUAACUGGCAGAUUGCACCACCUGUGCUCCCCACUGUUGUUAGCGUGAUUUCUCCACUGUCCGCUGUUGUCAGAGGGUGACUGCCUCCAACUGCCCAGUAGCGUUACAGUGCACCUAGCCUGGCACUGCCGAGUAGCAUCCUACACGAGGCUCCCCCCACAAGCCUCUCUCCCUCACACAGAUGCUCACACUGUAAAUAAAAAGCCGCUCCCUCACGUCUCACAUCCCAACUCCGCAUUCGAGAGUGGCCCCCAAGAUUCAGCCCUUCUCUACCGCUGCGGGCAGGGGGUCACAUUCAUUUGCAAGUUUUCCGAAUGGAUUCUUCGUCUCCUGACCGUGUGAUGCCAACAGCAGUGCAAUCAGAUAAACUUUGGGUGAAAUGACGAUGGAUGAGAAAAAGACGAGGUUACUCUCUCACCUCUUCCACGUCGUGUGGUAAGCGUGGGAGAAUGAGCCAAAUACCCCAUAGGCAAGGGCUCUAUCGCGCUUCCUCUGGUGGAGACCCGCCAGCAGAGGACGGGAGUGAGCAGUUGCAGGGCUUGCCCCUUUGUCUUUUACUAUCGGGCGGAGACGACGUCUCCCCGUGUCGGCUCUCCGUCGAGUAGCGCUCGGAGCGUGCCGAGUUGCCCACGGUCCCCAGACCCCCCACGCCAUCCGCCACCGCGAGGAUUCUCUGGCGCAUCCGCCCACGGGACGGCGGCAGGCCUCGCGCUUCCACGACCUUGCGACCUACACAAUCCGGGAGCCGUGCGUGACCUCUCCCACCGCAUGUGCGGAGCGUAGGCGACGUUCUCGGAUGUUUCCAAACCCCACGCCGGGAGCUCGGACUCGCUGCUGUCCCGUGUCGCCGUGCUCGUCCACGCAAACCGGGAGGGGGGGGGGGGGCACCUCCUCCCCGUCUACUGGGCGCCGUCAUGAAUCCCCGAGUACCGACCCUGCAAAACUUUUGGACCUUGCCGUGAACAGUUACCAAACGUUUCCCCAUCUUUCCCUUUUCUAAGGCUCGGCAAACCCAGAGCAGCCUUACAUCUCACAUCUCACCUCAUAUCUUAUCUCAAUGCCUUCGAAGAACACCCCCAGUGCCAGCUGUCCCUGUGCGGCACAAGAUGACUUAGAACCUGGUCUGAAAGUGUGCUUUAGUCUGCGGUGUCAUUUUUGAAUUUGGCAUAACUGGACCGUGAUGCCGGCACACCACGGCCUGCUCUUGCGAGUGGCGUCAAAGGAUCUUUGUCCAAUGUGACGCGGACGGCACAGACGACGCGGAAUGUGCGCUCGAGAAUCGAUCGAGGGCCAAUCAAGAAGGCACGGCUCUCUCCGAGCGCUCAUUUGGUCAUGUUACUUUGUUUUGUCAAAUUUACAGAAUUCGCGUGGGGCUGAGGCAGCAUGUGCCGGCAGAGUGAGGGAUUUGGUUCUCGUGUUUCCUGAGCACAGGUCCACAACGUAGGCAGCAACAAACACGUGGCACUGGCGUCAAAGUUGUAAUGGGAAAGAGUUGCGGUGUUUCUUGAGCGAGGUUGAGAGCUUGGGGUAGCGAGCGAUCGGACUGAGCUCGGAAGGGGCCUGGACUGUGUUUAGUUCAGGCUCACGGCUCGCCCACGUCGACCCCUCUUCUCUCAUUCACAUCGAGUUUGUCUCCGCACGGAGCCACAGUGAGCACUAUUCCGACGAAGCAUGGCACACUGAUCGUUGGUAGCCGUAACUUAUGUUUGUGUUUACGGUGGUUGUCGGUAUCGUGUUUUCAUGCCGCACGGCGCCUGGCGCGCUCAAAAUCGACGCCCCUUGUACGAGCGGGCAGCGCUGGGGUUGGGGCGCUUUACUCGUGAUUGGGGAGGUAAGUCGCGGGUUUAUAAUCUUGGUCGGGGCUCAACUUUUUCCACCAUCCCUCCACAGUUAAUAACACAAAGUACCACUUUGUGUAAUAGUCAACAGGAGUUGUCCUAUGGAGACAGCGGUCCUUGCCAUGGGAAUGUGGAAUUUACGUAAUUGGCUCCGGAGUAAGGGGCCACGCUUAGACUUGUUUUAAGAUAGUGACGACACACAGCAGGAGGGCUCCCCCCACAUUGCCUGGCAUGCUUGUCACGUGACCAACACAUUUCACGCUCAAAUUUCACACCUCAAAAGUGCCGAACCCGUGACACUUCAUGUUUAAGCGACCAACUAAAAAAUAUAUGAAAAUGUGGCCAUCCCAACAGGUGGCAGUGGAUAAGGAGACACAGCACACGGGGUUCGUUUUCGUUUGGACUCAUCAAUAUCCGACAGGCAUCCAUUGCCACUGCUGCUCUGGGGGAUCCCACAUAUGGAGAGAGAGCUGUCACCUUUUCUCUUUAAUCAAAGCUUUUGUGACUGCAGGAAUUCAUAUUCUUGGGUCACGUAGAUAGAACCUAUCUACGCGACCCAAGAAUAUGAUUUCCUUUCUACGUGACUUCACCGACAGACCCAAGAAUAUGUAACCUUUACUCUUCGGGGGGCCCAUUGGCACUGCCGAAAGACAACGAUAACUCAAGUUUCGAUUUAAAGCUUUCGUGACUGCAGGGAUUCAUCUUCUUGGUUCUUUCGGUAAAGUCACGUAGAAGGGAAGUAAUAAAAUAAUAAAAAUAAAACAUAAUAAAACAAUUUUUCUACGUGACUUUACCGAAAGAACCAAGAAGAUAACUCAAGUGUACCCCUCUGUAAAUAGUGAUAAACUCAUCCCAAGAGUCGCUACACUGUGAGGACACGGAGUCACCGCUUCAUUUCCACGCAUCUCGGCUCAUUCGUUACGUGCGACGUCGACGGCACGGCUCGGUAUCUGCAGUGGAAAAGUAACCCUGCCUCUCCUGAGCCGCGCCGGGUUGACUCGGCAACGGCCCGGCGUCGCUCGGUUGUUCUGUGGAAAAAAUAAAGAGGCAUUCGAGUUUGUGAUUGUGCGUAAGAAGACGGCGAGCCGCCUUGCUGAAUGGUGGUUAGCUUGAUAGGCGCAGUAGUCGCGAGUUUGUCAUUUCCAUUCAUUCGAGAUGCAGGGCCAAGAGUGGCCGGUGUUAGAGUCGAGCGGCGUUGUUCAGCACUGGAACUCGGUUAGCGCGGUCGGCGUUAGAUAUUUACGAUGCAACGAACCGCGACGCUUGUCCGUGCUACGACAUCUCAUGUUUAGAGUUAAUGUGCACUAAUACAUUUAAAUGCUUGUAAGUUUAUUUUUCCGCAUGGCCAAGUAAGCACGUGUGUUUGAUGCGAGGUUGCACGAGGUUCUGCUCCCGGUGGAGUUUGUGGACACCGCGAGUUUAAAACUAGUAAAGUUGAGUCCCUAUAUCGGUGGUAUUUGCAUUGGUGAUGUGAUGUUUCGUUUUGCCUGCCACGCCAGUUUAAUUAGGACAGGAAGGAACACGAGGCUGCUUGUUUGUAGGAAAGUUUAUGAAGCGUUUGUUAUUGUGUAACCGGUAACCGCAUGCCAAACCAGUAGCACGUUGAGGCAUAACCGUUUGCAAGUUAA